GCACAAUAUACAUACACUGCAUAUAUUAUCGAAAAGACAACACGCAAAAAGCAGUCCAAUUUAUACUCAAAGUCGUCUUUUUCUCUCUCUAGAUUUCUUACUCCAAUCAAUCAUUAAAACCCCCUCUCCCCGAAACAUUCUUCUGUUGGUCGUAUCGGUUUUAAUGGAAGUUCGAACUCUGAUACGACGCCGUUUCAACUGAAUUUGGUGAGCAACAAGAGCCCUAAUUGGUGGAAGAAAGAUGUUUUCGUGGAACAUCGCCAAGUCGGCGGAGGCGAUGUUCUCGCGCUGGGCGAUAAAGAAGGUGUUUAAGUUUUUAUUGAAGAAAAAAUUAGGGCAAUUUAUUCUGGGUGAUAUUGAUCUCAAUCAACUUGAUGUUCAACUUCGUAAUGGCACCGUUCAGCUUUCUGAUCUCGCGCUCAACGUCGAUUAUAUUAAUCUUAAGUUAGGUGCAUUGGCGGGGCUGACUGUGAAAGAGGGAUCCAUUGGCUCCUUAUCUGUCACAAUGCCAUGGAAGAGUAAAGGGUGUCAGAUUGAAUUGGAUGAACUUGAAAUUGUUCUUGGUCCAGGUGGUAACAAUUUGUUUGAGAAUGGAUCUGGAACUAGUCUUCCUAGCCGAAAUGUUCAAGAUGGUGUUGGGGAUUUUAGAACUUCUGGGCCUGACAUUGUUGAUAACACUGUGGCUAUAGCUUCCGUGGAUGUCCAUGAGGGAGUCAAAACCAUUGCAAAGAUGGUAAAGUGGUUGCUUACUAGUUUCCAUGUUAGAAUCAAGAAACUCAUCGUUGCAUUUGAUCCCUAUUUAGAAGAAAAAGAGAAAAAUGGAUUCUGCAGGACCUUGGUCCUGCGCAUAGCUGAAGUAGAAUGUGGAACAGGUACUUCUGAAGUAAAUAAUUCUGAUAAUCAAGUGAAAGCUGAUACCUUUCUUGGGUUCAAUCGACUCACGAACUUUGUAAAAUUUCACGGUGCAAUUCUUGAGUUUUUUCGAAUAGAUGACUGUGUCAAGCAGUCAGCUGUUCCAUGCUCUUCAGGAACAACUUCCACUGAAUUGUUCAAUGCAUGUUGUUCACCAAAUGCUACAACUUCAAUUAUUACUGGGGAAAAAGGUGGAUUCUCAGGGACUAUGAAAUUAAGUAUACCAUGGAAAAAUGGUUCAUUGGAUAUUCGCAAAGUGGAUGCAGAUGUUAGUAUUGAUCCACUGGAACUAAGAAUUCAACCGAGUUCCAUCAAAUGCCUUUUACAUUUGUUUGAAGUCUAUGGAGCUUUCGGUGAAAAUGGGAAGAGUCCGAUGCAUAACAUGGACAAUGAGUCGGUCUACCAUAAUGCAAUAUCUAAUUCCCUUACAUCUACUCUUGGUUCUUAUACUACUGAGAAAGUACUGUCAAACCAUGGAUAUCCUUCGAACAUUAACCCCUCAUUCGAAAAGGACCCGAUAAUAGAUACUUUGCUACCAGGAUCUCAUGUUAUAUCUGAUUGGGUAACAUCUUCCAGUAGAAAGCAGAGAGACAACGCAGAUGUAGAACCAGAUUUUGGGGCCAGCGUGGAUCAGUUUUUUGAAUGUUUUGAUGAGCUGAGGACAUCUCAGUCAGCUUUGGGAAACAGUGGGAUGUGGAACUGGACAUGUUCUGUUUUUAGUGCAAUAACUGCUGCAUCCAACCUUGAAUCUGGAUCUUUGCAUAUUCCUACUGAACAAAAGCAUGUUGAAACUAAUCUUAAGGCAAACAUCGCUGGAGUUACACUUCUUUUUUCAUUUGUUGAUGAAGAUCUAGGACAUCUACAUAAUCAAACAAAUGCUCGUCCAUUUGUUCACUAUCUGGGUGCAAAAUUCCAGAACACUCUUUUCAUCUUGCAGGUAUGUCCUCGAGAAAUGAAUAUUAAAGCCACGGUGGAGCAUUUUGAACUAUCAGAUCACUUCAGUAGUGGCAAUGACAUUAACGAUAGUGAUGUGAAAGGUUAUCACGAUGAUAUAAAAACUCAGGUUACAUCAAUUGCAAAAAUGCAAUCAGCAGUUGAAGUUUCUUUCCCUACAAGUUCACUUGCUAAUUAUUAUACUGGUGCAAAAGCGACCAACUCUGUCGUUACAGAUAGUCCAUAUACUGUUGACACCAGGAAUGAUAGAAGUAUAUAUAGGAGUGAUGUAGUCAAGGUCAUAUUGCUCAGAACUUCAGGUGUGAUUGAUUGCCUGUGUACUGUAACUUUUGGUUCAUCCAGUCUGGUGAUGGGGGCUACCUCUUUUUCGCUGAAGUUGCCACCAUUUGUUUUCUGGGUGAAUUUCCGUUUAAUAAGUUUGAUACUAGAUGUGCUGAAGCAACCCGGAGAUUCUGUUGGAAUGCCAAGCACGGGUAGUGAAUUCUUGGAUGAGACAUGUGAUAUUGAGUCGUCGUCUUCGUCUCAAGAGAAAUUGAGGAAAAAAUCUUGCUCUCAGGUCACAUCCUCAUCUCCGGCUGAAAGACUUAAAGGCAAUGUGUUACUUUCAAAUGCAAGAAUAAUACUCUGUUUUCCUUACGAGACAAGUGGAGAUUUGAGAAGUUACACUUGCUGGAAUCAGUUCAUUGCCGUUGACAUUUCUUCAGCACCGAAUUUGAGAGAAGAAAAGGUUCAAGUGAGCAGUCGCCCCACUGGGGUUAAGUCUAAGAAGUGGCAGUCUAUGGCAUCUUCAUGUUCUUUGCAUUUGAAUUUUGGCAACUUGGGUAUCUAUCUUAUCACGGCAGCUUCCACAGAAAGUAUUGGAAGUGAUUCCGGCACACAGAAUCCUAAAUAUUUACACCAAAAGAUUGUGUCUGUCGCUGACCAAGCUAGCCGUUUUUCUGUUUUGAGUAUGUUUUGGCAGGAUGAUUAUUUGACUGGUCCUUGGAUAGCAAAGAAGGCCAGGCUUUUGGCCACGUCAGGGGAUUCAAGUAGAAGGGAGAAGUCUGUUGGAUGCAGUCAUGAUGUUGCCUCUGUAACUGCUGUUAUAGACGUGGAAGGCAUAGAAACAAUCAACCGAGAGGAGAUUAUUUUAAGUUCUUCUUUUAUCCUACAUGCACAUGUUGCUCCUGUUAUGGUUAUGUUUGGCAGUUCUCAGUAUAAAACCCUGAAUAGUCUAAUCAGUGAAGUGAUUGAUUGGUUAUCAUGCUUGGCCUCUAAUUCAGUUGAUGGAAAGGUAGAAUCUUUUGCACCACAAACAUCCAUGCUUGUGGAAUGCGAUUUUCUUGAAUUUCAAGUGAAGCUGGAAGCAGAUGAGAGUAUCAAAGGUUCGCCCGAGAAUGAACUUCCUGGCUGUUGGCAUAGCUUUAAACUGCAAAUUCAAAAGCUUGAGUUGCUAUCUGUUUCAAAUGUUGGUGGAAUCAGUGACUCCAAAUUAUUCUGGCUGGGCCAUGGCAUGGGUAAUUUGUGGGGUUCCAUUACUUCCGUUCCAGCUAAAGAGUUUCUCUUAAUCUCCUGCAACAACGCCACCAGAGGACGUGGUGAUGGAGAUGGUUCAAAUGUAUUAUCAUCUAAGAUGUCAGGAUCUGAUAUUGUGCACUUCUGGGAUUCAGUAGAUUCUCAUAGUCAUACAUCUGUAACUAUUAGAUCUGGUACUAUGACUGCGGUAGGUGGUCGUUUGGAUUGGCUAGAUUCAGUCACCUCCUUUUUCAGUUUGCUGUCUCCUGAAACAGAACAAUUAGGUGAUGACAAUCCUCAGAAGGUGAAUUCUGAUAGAAAUGGCCCUUGUGUAACUUCAUUUGUGGUUAACCUGAUAGAUAUUGGUUUGGGUUAUGAGCCAUACUUGGGACACCUUGCAGGUGCUCCUGCAAAUGAAAAGUAUUUUGGUUGUCUGUUAGCAGCAUCUUCCUUUAGUAUAUCAAAUUCAGUGUUUUCGAAUUCUCCCGAGAGGGAGUACAGGAUUAGAGUGCAGGAAUUGGGUCUACUUAUUUGUCCGGUGUCUGGGCUCAAGAGCAUUGGUAGCUCUUCCAGUGUACAACAUCUCCGAAGACAUGGCUAUAUUAAAGUUGCACAGGAGGCACAUAUAGAAGCACUUCUAAGAAUGAACUGCAUUAAUGGUCACCUUUGGGAGUUCGAGUGUACUGAAUCCCACAUUAUAUUAAACACCUGUCAUGAUACAUUUUCUGCCCUGAUUUGCUUGUCAGCUCAACUGCAACAGCUUUUUGCUCCUGACGUGGAGGAAUCAAUUGUGCACUUGCAAAACCGAUGGAAUAACAUUCAGCACAGACAUAUGAACAAUGAACUGGGUAGUGGCAGUUGUGAAUCCAGCAUAUCCACUUCUCAAGUGAAUUUGUCACACGGGCAUACUAAGAGCAUGCCUGGUGUAGUUAACUUGAUGGAUGAGAUUUGUGAAAAUGCCUUUCAAUUGAAUCAAUAUGGGAAUGUGGAUCCUGAAUAUAGUGGGUUAAGAACUUUCACUUCUUUCGAGGCUGAUUGUCCUGAAUCAACAGAUAAUAUUAUUUCUAAAGACUGUCCAGAGUUUAUAGAAGAGUAUUUCUUCUCUGAUGUAUUGUCUCCAUCAGGUUUGUCUUCAGAAAAACAGCCGGUGAAUGAAGUUCAUAAAAACAAACCAAGCAAAUUGAAAGGUAAAGAAGUUCAAAGAAGAAAAAGUGGAUGGUAUAAUGAUGUCUCAUUAGAGAUUUUGGAAAACCAUGUCUCUGAAAUCUGUAAGCAAGCUGGUCUAAAGCAGACCGAUGAACAUGAGAGUUCUGAUCACACAAAAGUUGGAGGGAAGAAUAAAGUUGAGGGGAACGUCAUUCUUAAAAACAUCAACGUGACAUGGAGAAUGUGUGCUGGCUCGAGUUGGCAAAAUUUUCAGAAUAGUAAUCAGAAUCUGAUCAAUCAUUCUGGAAGUGGUACAAUUCCUUAUUUGGAGCUUUCGUUGUUUGGGUUAGAGUUAAAAUAUGACAGGUUUCCUCAUGGUGGUGUAUGUGUAUCCAAGCUAUCUAUAUCAGUUCUUGAUUUUCGGCUGGAUGACAAUAGUAAAGAUGCUCCAUGGAAACUGAUCCUUGGAUAUUAUCACUCAAAAGAUCAUCCAAGAGAAUCAUCUUCAAAGGCAUUGAAGCUGAAUUUAGAUGCUGUCCGCCCACAUCCUUCAACCCCUCUUGAGGAGUAUAGGUUGCGGAUUGGUCUCCUUCCUAUACUGUUGCAUCUCCAUCAGCGUCAACUUGACUUUCUUAUCAGCUUCUUUGGUGAAAAAGACCCACUAGUAGACCCAUUGCCAAGUUCUGCUCAAUAUUUAAGUGAACCAAUACUGCAAAGAGAACAGAGUGUAAGAUUUGGGAGUCAGAACAUCAACGAGGAAGCAUUACUUCCCUAUUUUCAGAAGUUUGAAAUUCUUCCUGUCACCAUUCGGGUGGACUACAGUCCCUGCCAUGUGGACUUGGCUGCUUUAAGUGGAGGAAAAUAUGUGGAGCUUGUUAACCUGUUUCCUUGGAAGGGGGUUGAACUGCAACUCAAACGCGUUCAGGGUAAGGGAGUUUAUGGAUGGAGUUGCAUAUGUGAAACAAUAAUAGGGGAGUGGUUGGAAGAUAUAUCUCAGAAUCAGGUUCGUAAAUUGUUAAAAGGCCUUCCUCCCAUUCGAUCCUUGGUUGCUGUGGGUUCUGGGGCAGCAAAGCUGGUUUCCUUGCCUGUGAAGAACUACAAGAAGGAUCAUAGAAUAUUAAAGGGAAUGCAAAGAGGUACAAUUGCAUUUCUCAGAAGUAUUUCAGUUGAGGCCAUUGGAUUAGGAGUACAUUUGGCAGCAGGGACCCAUGAGAUCUUCAUGCAAGCAGAAUACAUACUUGCCAACAUUCCGCCAUCUGUACCGUGGCCUUCAGAAAGCAAAGUAAAUAGUAAUGUAAGGUCUAAUCAGCCCAGUGAUGCCCGGCAAGGAAUUAGACAGGCUUAUGAGAGUAUAAGUGAUGGCUUGGGGAAAUCUGCUGCGGCCUUGGUUCAAAGUCCGUUGAAAAGGUAUCAGCGUGGUGCUGGUGUAGGAUCUGCUCUUGCCACUGCUGUACAAGCAGCUCCUGCAGCUGCCAUAGCUCCGGUUUCUGCUGUUGCACGUGCUGCGCAUUGUGCUCUUCUUGGUGUGAGGAAUAGCCUUGAUCUUGAGCGCAAAAAAGAGUCCAUGGAUAAAUAUUCAGGAACACCCCAGCCAAUGUAGACCGUAUCACUCUUAUUUUCGGUUGGUGUUUAGCAUCAUGGUUGUUGAGUUUGUUAUAUCUUGAAGUAUAUGCACUCAGAGCUUCCAACUGGCAAGGUAGUGUGAAGAAUUUUCAAUCUUCAAUCUUGUUGGCAGAAAAGCAGCUCCAAAAGGCAAUAUCAAGAAAAAGCUCGAUUUGUUAAGAGGUGGAAAUGUGGAUUGUCCUUGUAUUAUAUGUACAAAUUGUAUAGCCAGUAGGUAUAGAGCCAUUAAGCAAAUAUUUUCCUGUUGGAAGUGAAGAAUGAAGACGGGAUCCUGUAAAUAGUAAGUUUUGGUAUGUACUUUUUAUUUUGGUAUAUACUUAUUAUUAUACACGCAGUCAAGAUAGAGCCUUGUAAUUAUAGUCAUCAAGUAUGCAGUAUAGAUAUAUUUAGACAUUGUCAAACUUAUAUCAAAGGCUUGUAUUCAUUAGCAACAUUCUUUUGUACAUAAGUAAUCAAAUAUUGUUUUAUUGAACA